AUGGCUGCUACUCAGGGUGGAUUGGAUGUAGUUUAUCAAGCAGAGUCAAGGAAUUGUAGAUAUUCAGAAUUGACGAUCAAAACACGUAGAAGUGCCAUCCUGAUAUCUAAGGAUCCACGUCACACGUACUACAUUCCAAUGACAUUCAUUUGCGGCAAGACUCCCGAACCUUCGGAUUUAUUGGUCAGUGUUAACGCAGCUACAUCAAACGCUAAUGCAAUCUUCAAUCUUAAGACCAUAGGAUAUUCGACGCGAUACACCUGGGAUGUCGUUGAAGUUAACGUCGAGACCACCGACCCGUACAUGCAAGGCUGCGGCGUUACGUACGCAUCCGAUGAGUUGUUCAAGCCGGAGACGCCCCAACUCUACGACGAUAACGGAGACCCUCAGUUCGGUUGCAAGAUCGAUCUUCGCACUGCCAGGGAAGCGGCAUUCUACUGCCCAGAGCCGUACGUCCUGGACCCACCCAACUGCUUCAGCCAAGUUUACGUCGACGGCUCGGUCAAGAACAUAAGCGAGCUCAGCCAGUCAUUGUCGGCCUCACAUUCUAAUCACUUCGUCAUCCUGCGUUUAUACAGUUCACUCGUCGGAGUCGGAGAAACUCUGCGCCAGACGCCGCCACUGGAGUGCCGCUGCGUCACCGUCAAGGGUAUCGUUCUCUCCACCAUCCACAUCGAGAACUAUUACGGCAAGUAA